AUUUAUUGCGGCGGCUCCCAGCGCAAACUGUCUCUCCGCUGGCCCCGGCCGCGGCUUUUCCGAGUACCGCGCGCAGCGGCCCCGCGCCCCCAGCCAAGGCGCCAUGGAGCGGCCGGCGCCCCUGGCCGUACUGCCCUUCUCGGACCCCGCGCACGCCCUGAGCCUGCUGCGCGGCCUGAGCCAGCUCCGCGCCGAGCGCAAGUUCCUGGACGUGACCCUGGAGGCGGCUGGCGGGCGCGACUUCCCGGCGCACCGCGCCGUGCUGGCGGCCGCCAGCCCCUACUUCCGCGCCAUGUUCGCCGGGCAGUUGCGCGAGAGCCGUGCCGAGCGGGUGCGCCUGCACGGCGUGCCGCCCGACAUGCUGCAGCUGUUGCUCGACUUCAGCUACACUGGCCGCGUGGCGGUGAGCGGCGACAACGCCGAGCCGCUGCUGCGCGCCGCCGACCUGCUGCAAUUCCCGGCGGUGAAGGAGGCGUGCGGCGCCUUCCUGCAGCAGCAGCUCGACCUGACCAACUGCCUGGACAUGCAGGACUUCGCCGAGGCCUUCAGCUGCGCGGGGCUGGCGAGCGCGGCUCAGCGCUUCAUCCUGCGCCACGUGGGCGAGCUGGGCGCCGAGCAGCUGGAGCGUCUGCCCCUGGCGCGGCUGCUGCGCUACCUGCGCGACGACGGGCUCUGCGUGCCCAAGGAGGAGGCCGCCUACCAGCUGGCACUGCGCUGGGUGCGCGCCGACCCGCCGCGCCGCGCGGCGCACUGGCCGCAGCUGCUGGAGGCCGUGCGCCUGCCCUUCGUGCGCCGCUUCUACCUGCUGGCGCACGUCGAGGCCGAGCCUCUGGUGGCCCGCUGCCCGCCCUGCCUGCGCCUGCUGCGCGAGGCGCGCGACUUCCAGGCGGCACGCUACGACCGCCACGACCGCGGGCCCUGCCCUCGGAUGCGGCCGCGCCCCUCCACCGGCCUCGCCGAGAUCCUCGUGCUCGUGGGCGGAUGCGACCAGGACUGCGACGAACUGGUCACCGUCGACUGCUACAACCCGCAGACGGGCCAGUGGCGCUACCUGGCCGAGUUCCCCGACCACCUGGGCGGAGGCUACAGCAUCGUGGCGCUGGGCAACGACAUCUACGUGACGGGUGGAUCUGAUGGCUCCCGGCUCUAUGACUGUGUGUGGAGGUACAACUCAAGUGUGAAUGAGUGGACGGAGGUGGCGCCCAUGCUGAAGGCCCGGGAGUACCACAGCUCCUCUGUGCUGGACGGGCUGCUGUACGUGGUGGCUGCGGACAGCACAGAACGCUACGACCACACCACCGACUCCUGGGAGGCCCUGCAGCCCAUGACCUACCCCAUGGACAACUGUUCCACCACAGCCUGCCGGGGCCGGCUCUACGCCAUCGGCUCCCUGGCUGGCAAGGAGACCAUGGUCAUGCAGUGCUACCACCCAGACACGGACCUGUGGUCGCUGGUGGACUGCGGCCAGCUCCCACCCUGGUCCUUUGCCCCCAAGACAGUGACUCUGAACGGACUCAUGUACUUCAUCAGGGACGACUCGGCUGAAGUGGACGUGUAUAACCCCACCAAGAACGAAUGGGAUAAGAUCCCGUCAAUGAAUCAGGUGCACGUUGGGGGCAGCCUGGCCGUCCUCGGAGGUAAGCUCUACGUCUCUGGGGGCUAUGAUAACACCUUCGAACUCUCCGACGUGGUGGAGGCCUACGACCCAGAGACUCGGGCGUGGAGCGUGGUGGGCCGGCUCCCAGAGCCCACCUUCUGGCAUGGCAGCGUCAGCAUCUUCCGCCAGUUCAUGCCCCAGACACCCCUGGGCGGGCGCGGCUUUGAACUAGACAGUGGCAGCAAUGACAUGGAUGUGGGCCAGCCCCGGCCGCCGCAGAACCCCGCCGAGCUGCACUAGCCCCGGCCCGGCCCGGGGAGGGCCUCAGUGCAGCCCUGGUGCCUGCCUGGUGGGCUGAGCCCACCCAGAGGUGAUCUGGCUCCAUGGGGUGGCCGACUUGGGUUCCCAGGUAGGCGAGGCUGCCCAAUGUGAUGGCUCGUCUCCUGUGGGCGACAGGGGGACAUCAAGGCUGGGGUGCUUGGGAUCCAUGGAGCCCUGAUUCUGUCCCAGUCACCAGUUCAGUGCCAGUCGUGUCCUCCCAGUGGGUGUGACAUCACGCAGAGAGAUGUGGUGACAUGUGACAGGUCAUGGGGGUGGGGCGGGGACUCAGUUUCAUGGGAAAGACUCCAGGUGCCCUUUCCAGGGCUGUCUCUGUGGAGGGCCUGGGCAGCCCACGAAGGCAGGAUGGGGGUGGAGAGCAGCCGUGUGCCAUGGUCACUGGAACUCCCCCUACCAGCCCCCAGGCAGGCAGGGCUGUUCUGUGUCAAGGGCAUAAAUCUCCACAGGCAGUGGCUUAUGGGGAGACCUUUUGCUGGGGCUGCAGACUCACGAUUUCCUCCUCAAUCAGUGUUUGUCACCCACCAUGGCGUUCUGGUCAGCUCUGAGGGCCAGAGCCUGGGUCUUUGUCUGGUCUUUGCCAGGUUUUUGGUACUUCACCAUGUGACCAGCCAUCCCACUCGCCAGUGGUGACUCAGAUGAUGGUGUGGGGGGGAGGGGGGCAGUGAUGUUCACUUCCUAGAAACUCCCCAGGUCCCCACCCACCAGACCCCACCUUGGGAAGGGGAGGCACCAGCCUCAGCAACAGCAGGCUCCCGCUGGGGGUCCAGGAGCAGGGUCGACCCUUGAGAAGUGUUCCUCCCUGCCUGCCCUCCGUGGUCCACUGCGUCACUGCACACCGACGGGCGGGGCCAGCUGGGGAGGGACUCUCUCCAUGUUAGAGGUACACGACUUUGAGUCUGUGAGGCAAGUUAAGUUAUGAGAGUUCAGUGACUAGUAUUUAAUGCUGACCUACUGUUUAAAGUAUUCUAUAUUUAUAUGACUUCAAAGACUCUUCUGGACUAGCACACCCUCCUUCCAGGGUCCGACAUCCAGUGCCAGCCCCCUGAGCAUGGGGCAGGUUUGCAUAUUUAUUUGUCUGUUCGUUAGGCUUCUGUGUCUGGGAUCCUGUUUAAGGUUUUAGGAUGCUUUCAAUUCAUUAACUUUUUGAAAUAAAAACGUUUCCUAUA